GAUGCGCACGUGCUGUUAAACGUACUCUUCAGCGCUUCCGCCAUCGUUUUUCGCGUUAUGCAAGUGGACCUGUCUGAAAUCAGACUUUUUACUCUUCUCAGCUUCGCGCAUGGUGCAAUAGACUUGCUGGAAAGGUUGACUGUCGUUAUUCGUGAUUAUGUUUGGUACUUCAUUUACAAGAAGUUCAAAAGAGACGAGAGGGAAACAAUUUUGAAAGCAAAUCAAUUUCGCUCGCCAAGGAGCAUGCGCGUUGUGGCCGAUAUGAGCAUUCAGAUGAUCCUGGGCGAAUCCACGUCAAUGAUAGCAGCAGUCGGUUUCUUUCAGAUUUACAAGUUUAUAUACAACGUUCAAAAGGCGUCCGUGAUAACCGAAUUUUUCACCCGCGUCUCCAUUGCUAUUAGCAUUGACUUUGCUUUUAAUUCUUUAUCGUUUUGGCUGCAAAUGUCCUAUAUGAAUGUUGCCAUAGAUCGUGUUUGGAAGAACAGAUGGUGGAAACACUUGGUCAUUGCUUUUAUUGUGACAGCCAUGACCAUGCUUUACUAUCCUGAUCGCUUAUUGCCCAUUGUGAGCGCCAAGAGUUCUUCAAAUAGCACAAUGAGCCAUGCGAAUUGUUCACAGCUCAUCUUAGAGUCUUGACCUAUGGAAACUUAUUUUAUCUCUUUUUAUUUAAGUUUUAGCCCAGCAGUUGUUCUCUACAACUAUAGAAACCUUAAGUAAGAAACAGAUUACUUCAGUUAAUUAGUGAAUUUCCAUCUCCCGGGAUGAGAGCGUACUCCUUUUUAUAAACUACAUCGGUGUGUACUUUGCCAAAGGGCAUGGAUUUUUAACCGUUUUGGUCUUAUAUUACGUCUAGAUUUUACUGAACCAUUUGGGUUUGCAAUUGUGUGAGACAGUUUUGUUGGAAUAUUCCUCUUUUUAGAACAGUAGUUCCAAUCUAAAACAGAGUGCGGACCCAAA